AUGAGUGAAGGGGCGGCAGCUGCCUUGCCACCUGGUGCCGCUUCGGCAGCCGCCGCCUCGGCCAAGGAGGGCACCGCGGCUACUGCGGCGGUUGCCGCUGGCGGGGGCCCGGACGGCGGCGUCGAAGGGGCGUCCGAGCGCCCCAGGGAGUUACGCUGUAGCGAUGGGGGCCCGGACGGCGGCGGCGAAGGGGCGGCCGAGCCCCCCCGGGAGUUACGCUGUAGCGACUGCAUCGUUUGGAACCGGCAGCAGACGUGGCUGUGCGUGGUGCCUCUGUUCAUCGGCUUUAUCGGCCUGGGGCUCAGUCUCAUGCUGCUCAAAUGGAUCGUGGUGGGCUCCGUCAAGGAGUACGUGCCCACGGACCUGGUGGACUCCAAGGGAAUGGGCCAGGACCCCUUCUUCCUCUCCAAGCCCAGCUCUUUCCCCAAGGCCAUGGAGACCACCACAACGACCACUUCCACCACGUCCCCCGCCACCUCUUCCGCCGGGGGCGCCUCCUCCUCCAGGACGCCCAACCGGAUUAGCACCCGCUUGACCACCAUCACGCGGGCGCCCACUCGCUUUCCCGGGCACCGGGUGCCCAUUCGGGCCAGCCCGCGCUCCACCACGGCUCGGAACACUGCGGCCCCCCCGACGGUCCUGUCCACCACGGCCCCUUUCUUCAGUAGCAGCACGCCAGGCUCACGGCCCCCGAUGCCAGGAGCCCCCAGUACGCAGGCGAUGCCCUCAUGGCCCACUGCGGCGUAUGCUACCUCCUCCUACCUCCACGACUCCACUCCCUCCUGGACCCUGUCACCUUUUCAGGAUGCUGCCGCCUCCACUUCCUCCUCCUCUUCUUUCUCCUCCUCCUCUUCGACCACCACCACCCUAGAAACUAGCACCAGCCCCAAAUUUCGUAAGUAA